UGGAUGCGCAGCGCGCGUCGAAAUUUCCCCGCCACUUUGUUUUGAAAGAUUUUGAAAUUGUGCCAAUAUGAAACUCACGUGAAACGUCAUUGUAUGUACAAGCUCGAAAUUGUGUCCUCUCUUCGCUUUAGUCAAUAGGAACCAGCAGUAUGAGAAAGCUAGGCUUCCUCGUUAGAGGAUACCAACAUUUCUAUUCUACGCUGAGGAUAAGGCAGGGAUAUUCAACGAAUUCCAUCAGAAGAUGUAUGUCGAGCGUUGCUGUGGAGCCUGUAAAAAAUGUUGCUCGAAUGUGGCGAUUAUAUAUACCAGUUGGAAUUGGAUUCUCAACAGUUCUUGUGACACAAUGGAGAUAUUUGCAUCAACAUGGAUAUCCUGUUGACGUAGACAACAAGCUGGAAUUGUUGAAUGAUUUUAUGGUAACAUGCUAUUGUUGCUUACCGCUGAGAGUAACCAGCAGGAUAGGAGGUUGGCUGACCAGCAUCGACUUACCAGUCAGUUUAAGGCCAGCAAUAUAUGGGUAUUUUGGUAAAAUGUUUGGUGUUAAUCAGGAUGAGGUAGAAUUGGACUUAUCAACCUUCCCGAGUCUAGUUGAAUUUUUUGUGAGGUCACUUAAGAGCAAUGCCAGACCGAUUGCUCAAAAUACGAAUAUGACUUCACCUGCAGAUGGUGAAGUUCUUUACUUUGGGCCAGUAACCUCUUGCCGCGUGGAACAAGUCAAAGGAGUGACUUAUGAUCUUAAAUAUUUUUUGGGUGAUCCAAACGAUCUCCCAGUGAAUCAAAUUGAAAAAAGGAUUGAGCAAAAAGACGAUUAUGUUAAUGCACUAUUAAAGAAUCCAGACAACAGGCUUUAUCAGUUAAUUAUUUACUUGGCACCUGGUGAUUACCACCGAUUUCACAGCCCAACUGAUUGGAAUGUUAAAUUUCGACGGCAUUUUCCAGGAAAAUUAUUGAGCGUUAAUCCAACGGUGCUCAAAUACAUGCCAAAUCUAUUCUCCUUGAAUGAGCGAGUCGUGUAUAUCGGAGAAUGGGCGGGCGGUUUUAUGGCGUAUGCGGCGAUCGGGGCAACGAAUGUGGGCUCGAUAAGAGUCUACUGCGAUCAAGAGUUAGCGACCAACAAGGCGCGAUGGUCGAACGCCGCGUAUUCAAAGGACAUAUGUUUCACCAGAACGCGCAUAGCUAAAGGUGAACUGUUCGGCGAGUUCAGGCUUGGUUCUACGAUCGUGCUCCUGUUCGAGGCACCGCAGGACUUUCAGUUCUGUCUGCAAGUUGGCCAGUCCAUCAAAGUCGGUCAGGCGUUGAGUGUGUGUUCCGAGCAUGAGGCUGACCACGAGAAGCGGACUAUGCGGACUAUGCGGAGACACUUAAUCAAAGAUGUUGCAUAUAACUGGAAGGAUAUAGGAAAGCUUGAAGUGUAAAGCAGAGUGAUAGAAAUAGGAACUAUUUUCUUAUCUUAAUCCUAAUUGAAAAAUCAAAGACGUACCUGCACGUGGCACGAUCUUGCGUCCCUACGCAAACUCGAGAUGUAGAUAGAGUAAAGGGCAGUUCGGAGACUAUUUUUUUUCGAAUAUGUAAGUAUCGAUCUUGCGAUUACUAUUGUACAUGGCUCUUCGUGCGCGGGAAAAUCAUCAUCGCCAUGCGAUUUAUCUGAAAUUACAUGUAAAUAUAUCUCACCAGGUCAUGCCUGUUCGUUAUUUCAAUCGCGCGAUAUCGAGUAUCACGCGAAAGAGACGGUGAUUUAUAAUAGGUUUGGCACAGUUAAACGUGUACUUAUUACAAUGCAUCUAGCCCUUACACGGCAAACGAACUUUCACGGCACAUACAUGCGCGUAUGUAUGCCGAGCUUUACGUAAUUACGAGAAGAAACGUAGAAAGAAUAUGUGGGACCAUUUUAAUACGUGAGAACAAUAUUUCCUUCACUUCUUGUACGUUAUUACCGAUGGAGGUCGGAUCAUAAACCGUUUUUCUUAGUUGCGCGGCAAAUCGAUCUUUCUAGUUAAGUCGGCCGGUCAAGGCCGUCAGGUGAAACAUUUACCUCAAUUAAAGCUCUAGUUGCUUUUUCAAACCAGAAAGUAAUAGUCGCGUCGCAUAUCUUAAGAUUCCCUGCACGAAGCGUCAGCUUCGAGACGAUCCUAUUAUAGCGAGAGCAUUUUCACGAUCAGUAUCGUUAAUAUUAACGGUAUCUCUGGAAAAUCCAUUUCAACCUCAUUCACCUCGACAUGCUAGGUAAAUGUGAUCUUGCAGAUAAUCGGUUUUGAUUAUAACAUGAAUUCUCAAUCGCAUAGAUAUAUAUUUUGUAAUGUAGAUGCACAGAAUAAUAAAAGGCUCAAUUAAUA